CUCCGCGCAAACCAACCGACCGGCCGUCGUUUAGCAGGUCACAGUUCAACCACCUUAGCGCUUCUGAUCCUCGCGUCCUGUGCAUGCCUCAGCCUUAGCCUCCAUUUUUUGAAGUAUAAAUGCUGCCGCUCGCUUCAAGUAGCUUGCAAGUAGAAUCUCGAACCAUUAGCUCUGUAUACCGCGACUCUGCUCGAGACGCCGCUACAUAAACGUCUACGACCGUCCGCCGACUCUUUUAUUAGCAUCUCAUUUGCUUUUGAAUCGACUCGAAAGCAUAAACGUCUACGACCUUCCGCCCACUCUUUUUUUAGCACCUCGUUAAAUCCCGUUUGUCGACACGAGCCAUGGCGUCGCUGCUACGACCAGAGGUCUUAAUCUCCUCACUCUCUCGCGCACUCACCUUCCGCCGCUCCUCGUCCUCAUCGGGCGCCUUCUCUUGCUCGGGUAACCGCGCCGAGUCAACCUCCUCCUCCUCCUCGUCCGCAGCAAAGCGCGCCGAGCCAGUCUCCUCGAAACGUAUCCCGCUCCACGUGCUCAUGCUCAUCCUCUGCGCUGCUUUCAUCCCCGCGAUCUCCGCCGCCGAUUCCGGCGCCAUUCCCGUUGCCUCUCUAAUCCACGGUGCACCUAAAAAAGCGCCGAAGCGCGAGGGGAAUGAGAGGCAGCUUCUGCGAAGCUUCGAGGAGCUCACUGCGGGAACGAUGGCGGUGAGCGGGCGGAACGCGGAGGCGAUGCUGGUCGACGCGAUCAACACGGCGAACGCGCAAAGAAAAACUAUCACCGUGCAUCUCACGUCCGACGUGUUCCUCACUGGGCCCCUUCCAUCCCUUGGAUUCAAUGCGGGAGUGGCGGUGAAAGGGAGUUGUGCAGGGUCCGCCAAGUGCGUGAUCGACGGGCGGCACAAGUACGCGAUAUUCGCGGGCGGGUUCAACUGCUUCAUAUCGCUCGAGCAGGUCACGGUGCGCAACGCCGUUAACGGGGUGCACACUGGCGGGUGCGCGGUCACUGCGCGCCGAGUCACGUUUAUCAACAACGUCGCGCGCACUACUGGCGGCGGCGCUGUCAUCAACUCUCGUUCCGCCUCCCCCACGUCGGGCGCCCUCCAAUUUACCUUCUGCGAGUUCGUUAACAACAGCGCCACCAGCGGCAACGGUGGCGCGAUCAACGUGGGGCAGGAGCCGGUGGGCGGGCCGCGCGUGCAGCUGGCGGGGUGCACCUUCCGGGGAAACCGCGCGGAGAAGGGCAAGGGCGGGGCGAUUUAUAGCGAGGAUAACGUGAUGUACAUGAACUCGGUUAAGUUUGAGAAGAAUUAUGCCUUGGUGGGAGGAGGCGCCAUUGCCACAACAGCCAAAAGCCUCACUAUAGUCAAAUCCACUUUCUUUAAGAACGUGGCCGUUCAGGCCCCUGCCGGUCGCAACAACGGCGCUGACAGCGGCGGGGGGGCGAUCCUAGUAUCCUCUCGAGACUCCUCCCUUUCCUUCUGCUCCACCUCCUUUGCUGGUAACCGUAACAACCUGCGCACCCAAGCCGGUGACAUUGCGGUUCGGCAGCUCUCCCCAGGCUCAGGAACAGGCUCGGGGACAGGUUCGGUGAGCUUCUGCAGCAUGCCUGCACCUGCGAACGUGGACCGGGCUCCGGGGCUGAAGAUCCGAGCAAACUGCAAGGGAUGCACGGGGUGCACUAACGACUGUAACGGGCACGGGACGUGUGUCUAUGACGCGGAUUUCACCCCUCGCUGCGAGUGUGUCAGGCGGUGGGACAACGACACGGCCUGUGCGUCGUGCGUUACUGGUUACACAAGGCUGAGUGGAUGCAGGGCGUGUUCGCCUGGGUUUGUUGCGACGGGGACCAAGAACAAGUGCGCGCCGUGCUCGGCUCUUGACAAGGUCCCCGGCCUUCGUGACAACCUGGAGCACAUAACAGGCAUGGUGCGGCUGCCCUCCUACAAGCAGUGCCAGCAGCAGUGCCUAGCCACCCAAGUCCAGGCGGGCGACUACUGCAACCUGUGGGCCUACAUUGCUAACAGCGCCCGCAACGGGGAGUGUGGCGGCAAGUGCAUCAUGUUUCACGACCCUGACGACUGUGGGGUGGGGAAGAUAGUUUCCAACAGCCAGCUUGGGGUGUGGUACCAGUAUGCGGAGCCUAGCUUCACUGCCUGCAGCUAAGCUGCUUCCUGCUGCUGCUGCUGCUGCUGCUGCUGCUGCUGCUUGCUGCAACCCCAGUUCCCAUCGCUCCACCACCCACCCUUCCUACAGCUCUUUAUUGCAUGCGGGAGGUGGUAGAUAUUGCUCCGAUCAUACUCAAAUGAUCAUGCGAGGUCUCAAGCAUACUGUAGUGUUCGUCCUAUAGGCUCAACAUUCCGAACAUGUCUAGGGUUCGGAAUCUGAUACCGGGUUGAGUUAUGCAUCAUGACUAAUCCCCUUUGCUUGUGCAUGCCGUCUGUUUUGCUGCACUGCUUCUAGACUCAGUUCAAUUCUUGAAC